CUUCAGGCCACUGAAACACAACCCUCACUCUCUUUCUCUCUCCCUCUGGCAUGCAUGCUGCUUGUAGGAGCCCCCAGGUAAACAUUGCUUCAGAAAUCCUUUAGCACUCCUUUCUCAGCAAAACUUACGUCUUCAGGAUUACAGCUCCAUUUUUAAGAUGGACAUAACCCUGUACGACCUUCUGAUGGGCUUUCAACUUUGAACUGGAUAUGGACACUUUUCUCUCAGAUGACAGAAUUACUCCAACUUCCCCUUUACAGUUGCUUCCUUUCCUUGAAGCUAGCUGUAUCUUGUUUUCUUUAAAAAGCUUUUUAUUCCAGAGUCACUUGCCAUGCCAACCGUUAUUAGCCCAUCUGUGGCUCCAAGGACAGCAGCUGAACCCAGGUCCCCAGGGCCAGUUCCUCACCCGGCCCAGAGCAAGGUUACUGAGGCUGGGGGUGGAAACCCAAGUGGCAUCUAUUCAGCCAUCAUCAGCCGCAAUUUUCCUAUUAUUGGAGUGAAAGAGAAGACAUUUGAGCAGCUUCACAAGAAAUGUCUAGAAAAGAAAGUUCUUUAUGUGGACCCUGAAUUCCCACCGGAUGAGACCUCUCUCUUUUAUAGCCAGAAGUUCCCCAUCCAGUUCGUCUGGAAAAGACCUCCGGAAAUAUGUGAGAAUCCCCGAUUUAUCAUUGGUGGAGCCAACAGAACUGACAUCUGUCAAGGAGAUCUAGGUGACUGCUGGUUUCUUGCAGCCAUUGCCUGCCUGACCCUGAACCAGCGCCUUCUUUUCCGAGUCAUACCCCAUGAUCAAAGUUUCAUCGAAAACUAUGCAGGGAUCUUCCACUUUCAGUUCUGGCGCUAUGGAGAGUGGGUGGAUGUGGUUAUUGAUGACUGCCUGCCGACAUACAACAAUCAACUGGUUUUCACGAAGUCCAACCACCGCAAUGAGUUCUGGAGUGCUCUGCUGGAGAAGGCUUAUGCUAAGCUCCAUGGUUCCUAUGAAGCUCUGAAAGGUGGGAACACUACAGAGGCCAUGGAGGACUUCACAGGAGGGGUGACGGAGUUUUUUGAGAUCAGGGAUGCUCCUAGCGACAUGUACAAGAUCAUGAAGAAAGCCAUUGAGAGAGGAUCCCUCAUGGGCUGCUCCAUUGAUGAUGGCACGAACAUGACCUACGGAACCUCUCCUUCUGGUCUGAACAUGGGGGAUUUGAUUGCACGGAUGGUGAGGAAUAUGGAUAACUCGCUGCUCAGGGACUCAGACCUCGACCCCAGAGACUCAGAUGAAAGGCCGACCCGGACCAUCGUUCCAUUUCAGUAUGAGACAAGAAUGGCCUGUGGGCUGGUCAGAGGUCAUGCCUACUCUGUCACUGGCCUGGAGGAGGUCCUGUUCAAAGGUGAGAAAGUGAAGCUGGUGCGGCUGCGGAACCCCUGGGGCCAGGUGGAGUGGAACGGCGCUUGGAGUGAUGGUUGGAAGGACUGGAGCUUUGUGGACAAAGAUGAGAAGACCCAUCUGCAGCACCAGGUCACUGAGGAUGGAGAGUUCUGGAUGUCCUAUGAGGAUUUCAUCUAUCAUUUCACAAAGCUGGAGAUCUGCAACCUCACGGCCGACGCUCUGGAGUCUGAUAAGCUUCAGACCUGGACAGUGUCUGUGAAUGAGGGCCGCUGGGUACGGGGCUGCUCCGCUGGAGGCUGCCGCAACUUCCCAGAUACUUUCUGGACCAACCCUCAGUACCGUCUGAAGCUCCUGGAGGAGGAUGAUGACCCUGAUGACUCAGAGGUGAUCUGCAGCUUCCUGGUGGCCCUGAUGCAGAAGAACCGGCGGAAGGACCGAAAGCUGGGAGCCAACCUCUUCACCAUCGGCUUCGCCAUCUAUGAGGUUCCCAAAGAGAUGCACGGGAACAAGCAGCACCUGCAGAAGGACUUCUUCCUGUACAACGCCUCCAAGGCCAGGAGCAAAACCUACAUCAACAUGCGGGAAGUGUCCCAGCGUUUCCGCCUCCCUCCCAGCGAGUACGUCAUCGUGCCCUCCACCUACGAGCCCCACCAGGAGGGGGAAUUCAUCCUCCGGGUCUUCUCUGAAAAGAGGAACCUGUCUGAGGAAGUUGAAAAUACAAUCUCCGUGGAUCGGCCAUUGAAAAAGAAAAAAACCAAGCCCAUCAUCUUCGUUUCGGACAGAGCAAACAGCAACAAGGAGCUGGGUGUGGACCAGGAGUCAGAGGGCAAAGGCAAAACAAGCCCUGAUAAGCAAGAGCAGUCCACACAGCCACAGCCUGGCAGCUCUGACCAGGAAAGUGAGGAACAGCAACAAUUCCGGAACAUUUUCAAGCAGAUAGCAGGAGAUGACAUGGAGAUCUGUGCAGAUGAGCUCAAGAAGGUCCUUAACACAGUUGUGAACAAACACAAGGACCUGAAGACACACGGGUUCACACUGGAGUCCUGCCGUAGCAUGAUUGCGCUCAUGGAUACAGAUGGCUCUGGGAAGCUCAACCUGCAAGAAUUCCACCACCUCUGGAACAAGAUUAAGGCCUGGCAGAAAAUUUUCAAACACUAUGACACAGACCAGUCCGGCACCAUUAACAGCUACGAGAUGCGAAAUGCAGUCAACGACGCAGGAUUCCACCUCAACAACCAGCUGUAUGACAUCAUUACCAUGCGGUACGCAGACAAACACAUGAACAUCGACUUCGACAGUUUCAUCUGCUGCUUCGUCAGGCUGGAGGGCAUGUUCAGAGCUUUUCAUGCAUUUGACAAGGAUGGAGACGGUAUCAUCAAACUCAACGUUCUGGAGUGGCUGCAGCUUACCAUGUAUGCCUGAACCAGGCUGGCCUCACCCAAAGCCAUGCAGGAUCAUUCAGGAUUUCCAUCUCACCCUCUAUUUCCAAAGCCACUUUCAAAGGACCCAGCAGCUGCAUCCCUGGAGGCCUCCAACCACCUCAUCAGUCCUGUUCCUCUUCCAUUUUACCCCCCUACCUAUCCUUGAUCGGUCAUGUCUAGCCUGCCCAAAGCUUUAGGAAAGCAGUGAGGUAGGAAGAACAAACCAUUGUCCCUUUGCCAGGUGGAGGAAAGUGCCAGCUCUAGUCUGAGCUGCCUUGGCUCUGAAGCGAGUGCUGCUUACCUUGCUUAGGCUGUCUGCAGAAGCACCUGCCAGUGGCACUCAGCACCUCCUUGUGCUGAAGCCUCCAUCACCUUCAUGCUCUCCCACCAUGGGCCAGGAACCAAACCAGCACUGGGUUCUUCUGCGUAGUUAUUUUAGGAGAGGCCUGCUGUGGGGUAAACUCGCUCAGUGGAAUAGGGCUGGUUACUUUGGGCUGUCUGACUUGUAAGUUUGGCUGCAUUCUGAAAAAAGCUGAUCUAAAUAAAGGCAUGUGUAUGGC